GAUCAAGUUUCUUUGUUACUGUCAUCAAGAAGUUACUCCGCAGUUUGACAGCAUCACAUUAGUAAUUAAAAACCCAAUGAUUUAAACCACUUGAGCCCAAAUCAGCCUAAUAUAACUACUAAAAAUAAUACGAACCAGAUAAAAUGUAUCUCAGGUCCACUUUUGAUUCAUGACCCAAAGACGCUAGUCACCGGACCGGCCACAGUUUUCUCCUGAACGAUAGGUGUCACCAGUCAGAUAACAACUUGGCAUCAGCGCUUUUAUUCAAAUAGAAAAAGUCGAGACAGGAAGCUAAUAAUUCAGUUUUUGUUUUGUUUUUUGUUUCUUUUAAUUUCUGGAGAGCUUCUCAAGGUUUUUCAGCAUCUCCAUGGCUAUAAUAUUUUACUGACAAAAUAUAUAAUUGAAAAUUGGCCUUAAAACUGAAACGAUUGUAUACUCCCACGGAUGUGCGUCAUCAUGUGGCGUCCGCUAGGGUUUGACAAGAAGCGUUAGCUAGCUAGGCUACGGAAAUGUCACACCGAACAUUUACUUCGUUCUGCUUGAUUUUCCUGUUUGUUAACCUCUUCGUGUUUGUCUCGACAGACCAGAAGAACAUCACAGCUCAGUCUGGAAAGAUUGUCACUCUGCCAUGUCGAGCACCAAACAACAACAUCAUAAGUGUAGAGUGGAGCAGAGCUGACCUGGGAGAUGAAUAUGUGCUUUUGUACCGGAAUAAUAAGAUGGAUCCAGUCAACCAGCAUCCAUCUUUUAAGAACCGGGUGGAUCUGCAGGACAGACAGAUGAAGGAUGGAGACGUGUCUUUGAUUCUGAACAAUGUGACGAUGAAUGAUACUGGAACAUACGAGUGUCGUGUCAUCCAAGAAGAGAGAGAAGGUUUGAAGCUCAUCAACACCACCUAUGUUCAUGUUGUUCCUCCAGGUCAGACAGGAGGAGACACAGAGGAUGGAUCUGUUGGACUGAUCGUCGGUCUGUCAGUUGUUGUUGUUGCUGUUGUUGUUGUUGUUGUUGUUUUAGUUUUAUGGUCUGUGAAAUGCAGAAACCAUACAAAAGGACAAAGUCCAUCUCCGUAUUCAGAUCAGCAUCUCUGCGAACAGACCUCUUAACAGCUGAAAGCUGGGUGCCAGGCUGAUGUUCCUACUUCUCAGCGUCAUCAUUGAUCUCAGCGGAGUGGAAUGAUCUCAUCAUCCAACAGACAAACGUCAGACAUGCAGAAUUUAGUUUGAUUUUUAAAUUUCUCUGAAUAUCCUCAGACCUGUUCAGACUAUGUUGGCGUGUCUUUGUGCAAACACCACAAUGUUUGCUCAUCUUCAGUGUUGAAUGGAGAAAAUGUGCUUUAAAUCAACUCAUUUAUUCAGUGUACUGCAUGAUAUGGUAUCCGAAAGUGUAUUUGUUGUAGCCUCAGGUUGGUCACUCAUUUCAUUUCAACAGUUUACAUUAUUUAAAAAAUAUCUGUUACAUUUCUGCCUUAACCUCCUAAGACCCGAGCUCUUUCAUGGCUUGCAUUUUUAAUUUCUCUUUGAUAAUUGGGCAUAUUGGGACCUGAUGAAUGUAAAAAAUAAAUAAUUGCCAGAGUUUUUUUUUUAAAACCUGAUUUUUGUUUCUGAAAGAAAUGAGAUCCACAUUCGUUUUACAUUUCGAUAGAGCAGUGGCAGUAUAAUGUCCUUGUGCUUGUAGAGCAUUUUGUAUUUUGGUCUAAAUAACCCAAAAUGUGAUGUUCACACAUGUGGACGCCAGGUCCUAGGAGGUUUAUGUACGUGGAACAGCCAAGACUUCAGAUUUUAGACAAGAAAAAGUUAACUCCUGAAAUAAGAUUUUUGAAAAGGCAAAAAUUAUUUCAGUGGUACUCUACACAAAAUAGUCUGUUUUAUUUCAUGCAAAAUGUUAUAAUGUUACUGUUAUAAUGAACAGCUUUGGUUAUAGUUUGUUUCCUAUCAGGUUCAGCAGAUGUUUGUUAGAUCAAACUUGUGGUUUGAACCACACAAACUGAUCCUCAGCUGUUACAGUAUAAUUACUGACCAACUGAAAGCACAAACACUGUAGGUGUUGAUCAGUGAGUGCAGAUAAAUUAUUGUGGAUUAUAGACAAUCAUUAAUCUCAUCAGGAGCUAUUCAUUGGAUUGAAUGACUGAAUGCUAUUACACUGAUGUUAAACCAAAGACAUCCAUUUAUCUAUGUAGCUGAGGAGUCGGAUCAUCUGACCUGUAAAGCUUUGUUUCACUUUUCCUUCCAUGAAGGACUUUUCAGUCUGUUUGUUACUUCAGUUUGAAUAAGUAAAGUCUGUCCAUAUGAUGAAUAUGUUUAUUAUUCAAGUUUUACAUGCAUUGCUGCUUGUUUGUUUUCUUUUUGUUUCUGUAUAAAACUAAAUAUGUGUUUAACUGCUUUGAAGAAAAAUACUCUGUAUACUGUGAUGACUCCACAUGCAUUUAAAUAAACUUCAACAAAUUCCAAUCGACUACAUUUACUUUAUUAUUCUCAUACUUUCAAUCUUGUCUCAAAAUGCUGCUUUUUUGUGAGCUUAGACCAAACCUGUUUCUAUGCACAGGUGCAUGCACUGGUCACUUUUACCACAAUCACAACUAUAGCUGAGCAAUCAAAUGUUAGACUGAAUUUAUGAGCAAAUCAUAAACACAAUUGUCUCACCUUGAUCUCUGGUGUCUCAUCAUCUCCACCAUUAAUUCAUGUCUAAAGAUAAUCUUCUGUAGCUACCAUUUGUCUUUAAAUUAGAAAUUAAAAGUACAAAAUCUAUGACUCUGACUCUAUGACACUGUCCAAUGAGCUGGAUUGGAGCCUGCUGAGCUGAUUCUGGAACCCCUUGACAUCCAAAUAGACUUUAUCUAUUGCUGCUAUAAUGGGAUUUUUGCUUGAGCAGCAGUUCUCAUUAACAGUGUUUUCAAAAUGAUUAAUUAAAGGAACUGCAGUUUGUGGUGUGCGUGUCAAAAUAAUCUCAUUGUGCAUAUUUUUGCAUGAAAUUAAAAGUGAGUUACCCGCCAUUGUCUGUGAACCAAUAGAAAGCUGGUGCUCAGAGGAAGAGGGCGGGCUUUACUUGGUGUCAGUGAGAGAAAUGAAAAAAAAGCUCAAAUGAGUGAGAAGGACGAUGAAGGAAACAUCUGUGCUGUGUCUGCUCUUUCUGAUCUCACUGCUGAGCUGCACAACAAACCAAGGUCAGUAACCUUCUUCUGUCACAGUUUAAACCUGAGAAAUGCUCACUGAUAUGACCUGA